ACUGACCAUCAUCCGGUUCUGACGACGGCGGGAACGUGAAGGCUUUCUGCCCUCCACGACUUCCCCACGACAAACCACGAAGAUUUGGCCAGGCUGCUCGAUGUUUACGGGUUCAUGCCCUCACAAAACCACCAGGAUGUCGAGUCCCCGAGCAGGUUUCGCCCGCGUUCCAACACGGCGUCCUUCCUGGCAUGGCGGCCGCGUCGACCGGAGAACAACUCCCCAAACCAGUCGACGUCCCCCUCGAGCCAUCCCCCGCCGGUGAUCUCGAACCCGCUGUCCCCCCAGGAGCUCAUUGACGCCCUCAUGCCCCCUGCCGUGCCCAGCCUCUCCUACGCCCGCGCGCUCGCCAGCGCGCUCACCACCAUGUCCCCCCUGCCAUCCCACGACACACUCAUGCCGAUCGUGGGCACGCUGUGCUCCCCAAGCAGCCCCGUCGCCUUCCAGGCCGCAGGUUUCGAUAUCCUCGCCUCGUACAUGGAGACCGCUGAUCCGACGCUCACUACCUCCACCCGACUCGCCUACUUCUCGCUCUUCGUGUGCAGCGAGACGGCGUGGCACGUCGAUCUGUGGGAGCCACGCUUCAAGGCGCUGCGCCUGCUCACGAAGGACGGCGCGGAGGUCGUGGGCAUCGAGAUCGAGCUGCUGUCCAUCCUGAAGACGUGGAUCCGCGGCGCGUUCGAGGGGCUCAUCGACGCCGCGGUGCCCGCGGAGAAGACAGAGGUAUCGACGCGCGAACGCAGCCUGAACAUACUCUCGACAUUCCUUACACGCGUUGUCGAGAAACCGCAAUUCGUGUCACGCAUACCGGACCAGGAGAUCACCGGCAUACUCCAUUUCUACGCCAGCCUGGUAGACGCGGCUGCAGUACUAUCGUUCACCGAUGCCCCAUCGCCAGCACCUGUUUCCCCUCCACCUCCCCCGCCAUCCGAGUCACCCUCACGAUUUGGGUACUCACACAGGCGGACGCCAUCAUCCUUGUCGACGCCGUCGCUCAUUGCCUCGCCGACCGAGCCGUCAAGACGAGCACCUGACGUGGCCAUUGCGCUCUAUCUAGCCCACCUGACUUCACAACUCAAGACACUACGCGCCAAACAACUAGGCGAGAUACUUCCAGUGCUGUUCCGAGCACUGGCUUUUGCCUCUGGCCCGCUUCCUCGUCUAAGCGUUACCCAAACGUCAGCGCGCAUGCCCUCGACCGAAGGCAAGAUCUCCGCGGUCGUGAUGCAGCUUCUGCAAGGGCCGCACUCCCGCGCGUGCAUGCGACUGCUCUCGGCGUACAUGUACCCUCCCAGCACGGCAGGGACGGACGAGGACAACAUCUCGACGAGCGACGGCGGCGUUGUCGCGGAGCACAUGCCCAGUGACGACUACCCGCGCGCGAUGCAGACCGCCCUCGGUGCAUAUCGCGCGCUUCGGACGCACGUGCGGCAGGCCCUGUCGUCGCGCAUCGCGCGGACACUCAUAGCCAGGGAGAGUUCCAUGGCGUACUCGCACUCAGGUGCACCGGGACAUAUCGAGGUGCAGCAGGACCUGCUCGAGCGCGCGUGGCCGCGGGAGGACAUGCUUGCUGCGGGCCCCGGCAGUGGGUGGGAUGCGGAGAGACUAGGGCAGGUGCUGCCGCCGGCGAUCGAGCGAUGGGUCGAAUUUUGGGUCGAGGGCAACCCGGCGCAGCAAGAUGUGGUGAGGAGGGGGAAGGAGAGGAUACUGGAGGAGGCAGCGGGGAUGAUCCGGGACAUCUUCCAGGAGUUGGAGACGAGGGAUGCGUCGGAUGCGCAGCUGGAGGAUGACGAGGCGGAGACGGUGGGGCAGAGCUUGCUCAAGCUGGCGAGCUAUGUGCUGCAUCUUAGAAACCCGGAUGGCACUCCUUUCCUACUAUCCAAAUCGCACUCCACCAUGGCUCCCAACGAGUUGUUGCGCAACCUCGCUGCACUUUUAGGACGGAACCCCGGCACUACCCUCUACCCGUCACUCUCGGCCAUCCAGCUCUCCAUUGCCGACCACCUCACCGACGACGAGACCGCGCAGUUGCCGCCCGAGUUGCUGCACCAGCACGACCUGUACCCCACCUCCCCCGAAUGGCUGUCGAACUGGCAAAACCUGCUGGCCAAUGCAGCGCUUGUCGGUCCCCAGCGUCCACGUACGAAGGCAUCCGUCAUGGAUGCGCUUCUCGCCGUCUAUGAUAGCAUUCGCGACAUGCCAGUAUACCGACGACCGUUCGCCGAUCAGAUUCUGGAGUUUUGCGCGCGGUGGGACUCCGCGGACGUCGAGGGUACGCCGGAGGGAGACGACUGUGAAGCCCUGUGGAUCAUUAUGGGCGACGAGGUCGUUUCUCGGACUGUCGAGGGGCAGAGUGCGGAAGACGACGAGACCUCGAUCGAACGAUAUCUCGAGGUGCUGCUGGCUAUCGCCACGCAGGGCGAUGGAGAAGAUGCGGAUGACGAGGAGACUGUCAUGCUCGCUACUGCGGAGCAGAGUCCAUCACCAAGUUUCCCGCACUCCACGAGCUUCAGCACGACCACUGCAACACCGAGCAUGUCGCGCCAGCAAAGCGACUUCCAGAGCCCGACGCGCGAGCGGGAGGUGGGGAUCAUGUCGCUGUUGACGUCGCUCACCUCCGGAUCGGCCUCGCGAUCACAGUCGGUCCAGCAGCGAGGCACAGAACAGGAGGAAUCGACCGACGAGCCCGCGGCAGAGGCUCCCCUACCACGGCCCAUUGCGAUCAUACCACGUGUCACGGGCGCAGUGACGGCGCUCAUUCGAAUAUUCUGCCAGCUGGCGUUCACGCCGCACGCGCUGGUCACAGAGCACCUCGACCUCGCGGUGCGCGUAUACAAGCAGAUGGUGGACUUGCUUAGCCACGGGGCGAAGUCACGUCGCGCGCGAAUCUGCAUCUUGCAGUUCGUGAUGCGCUUGCGGGCGGAUCGGAACCACCAGCUGUACUUCUGCGAGCGCGGGUUCGACUUGGAUGGGCAUCAGUCGACGUUGGCGUCGCUCAUUGAGCGCAGAUCGCCGCCUGAGUCGCCGGAUGAGUGUCGGCCGAUCUUCGAGCGCAGCGUCUCUUCCACGGCUCCUAGACCGUCGAGGGUGAUCCAGCGAGACGGGCGACGAACCUCGCGAGCAGCGCGAGGCGGAAGCGUAGCAUCGGGCUCGACAGCAAGUCGCAGUCGCUCACGAGUGCCAGCGCAGUCGGAGCAAUCAGCACCUCCGAAACCUCGACCCAUGCUCUGGCGAAUAUCUGACAUACUCCCCUUCACCGUGACGGAGUCGGACAUGCCUAGUGAGGGCCUAGUGUGCUACGAUCCCUCGGGACCAGCGAACCAGGUGCUACUGCCGACAUCGUACUAUCUCAGAGCGAUCCUUUCGAUCAUCACGGGCGAGCGCGACUGGGAGGUGCUGUCGUACGUGUUGUGCCACCUACCAGCGCAGUUGGCGAACAAGCAUAUGUUCUGUGGGCCAAACUCGCGUGCGCUCAUGUCGCAGAUCCUCAAUGCGGUGGGCGCGCAGAUCAUGAACGACACAUUUGCUUCUGGAGUCGAUAAGUGGCAGCCGGGACUCAAGGCAAGGGAUGCGCAGGGCCUAGUGUAUCACACACUCUCCGUACUCAUCAGUUAUCGGCGGUGCUUCGACACGCAGCAGCGAAACGCGCUUGUUGAGCUGUUCAUGGCGGGUUUGGAUGGACGACAACCUGCAACCAUCAAGUGCUGUCUGCACGCUCUCUCGCUCUCCGCAUUCGACCUGCAACAGUCUAUGGCCAAGUACAUGACCACCAUCCUCACCAAGCUAUCGCAGAUCAUGACGAACCCCGACAUGGCCGUCCAUAUCCUCGGCUUCCUCGCCAUCGUCGGCUCCAUCCCACCGCUAUACGCCAACUUCACCGAGAGCGACUACAAGCUCGUCUUCGGCGUCGCGCUGCAGUACCUGCAGCACUACAACCGCGAGGGUGCGUCGCCGACGAUGUCUUGGGCGCUCAGCCAGUUCGUCCGCAUCCUUUCCUACCGCAUCGUCUACGUGUGGUUCCUCGCUGUGCGCCUGCCCGACCGCCGCGCGCAUAUGCCGUACAUCACGCGCCAGCUGCUGCUCGCGAACGAGGGGCGCGAGGCGGUCGACGACGCGACGGAGGUGUGCUUCGACUGGCUCGCGCGGUACACGUAUGCGACGGCGGACCCGCGCCCUGCGCACUCGCUGCUUUCGGAUAUCGUGAUGAACGCGGGUGCGGGGACCAGUGGUGGGGAGCAGGCGCAGCAGGAGGCGGCGGUGGACUCGCGGACGUGGGUGUUGGGGAACUCGGUGAUCACAGUGCGCACGCUUGUGAGAGUAGGCUGGGUGGAAGUGAUUGGGAGGAGGCCAUCGGGGCUAACAAAGUUCUUGUGUCGGAUCGAAAACGCGCCGAUGGUUGGGCCGGGCGAUGUGCAUCCGGACAUGAUAACGGGGCCGGCGGCAUUGUUGAUGGAGAGGGGACUGCCUGUGGCGGAGAAUCCAGUACCUCCAGUCGAUGGCGGGGCGUCUGUGCUGCAGAGGUUGCAUGACGAUGCUGUUGACGACAUCAUCCGACGCAACUCUGAAGGUGUCGAAGAGCCACCGGCGCCAGACCCCAUAACGGGCUACGUCUGGAGCAAGACCGCGCCUUCGCAGCGUCGAAAGGAUGUGGCUAUCCUACCUUCGUUCUUCGCUCUGCAACUAUCGCCAUAUCCUACGCCAUCGACCAUUCGACCGGCCUAUGACCAGAAGCAGAUCGAGCGACUGUUCAGCAGCUUGGAUCGCAUGCCGGUCAUUGACACGCACAAGGUCGGAAUCAUGUACGUCGCCCCGGGUCAAACGGAGGAGACGGAAAUCCUUCGCAACUCUCAUGGGUCACCUGCCUACACGCGCUUCCUCGAAGGCCUGGGUCGUCUCAUCGACUUGCGCGGGCAGGUCGAUGUCUACGCAGGAGGGCUUGACCCGGGUGAAGAUGGUGACUAUGCGUACGCAUGGUGGGACGACAUAGGGCAGAUUCUGUACCACGCCGCUACUAUGAUGCCGAACAAGCCUCACGACCCUCAGUGCAACGACAAGAAACGGCACAUCGGCAACGACUACGUACGCAUCGUGUGGAACGACUCCGGCAUGGUCUACCGCUUCGACACGCUCUCCACCCAAUUCCAGUUCGUCAACAUCAUUAUCGAGCCGCACUCGUACGGCGGCAUCGCCGCCUUUUCGAACAACGUGCACGAAAAUGAGUACUUCAAGGUGACCGUGCAGCGCGGGCCGGGAAUGCCUGAAUUCGCGCCCAUCGGGGACUUCAAGCUCAUCUCUGCCGAGAACCUUCCGCUCCUCGUGCGACAGCUGAGUCUGCUCGCCGACUGGUUCGCGUCGGUGUUCAAGGAGACGAAGAAUGACACGGAGCGCAAGGAGAUGCGGACGAACUGGCAAAACCGGCUGCAGCGCAUCCGCAUGUUCAAAAGCACUCUGGGCCCGGGGCAGGAGCAGCCCUCACCGGCGGACGGGCUCAUGGGGGAGGAGCAGUUCCGGGACUUUACUACGGCAUUCUGAGUUCGCGGGCUUUUCAUUGCAUUAGGGUUGCUGGAUGGCUCGAUGGGACUGGUGUUUCUAUAUGUAUCGCUUGUAUUGUAUCAUCUUUGUUCAUUUCUGUAAAGCACACCCUAGUAGGAAGCAAAAUACGCUCUUUCACAGCUUUUGCUAUGUACGACAGCUACUUCACUCAAGGUCAAGCAUUUGAUUGGGCUUAUUUGAGAAUCGAUGCAUCCGCUAUGCA